AGGUGUGGGUGACGUUUGUGUGGCCAGUAAAAGCAGAGUUUGUAUGAGAAUGAGAUGAUGAUGAUGGUAGGGAAGACGAGCAAAGAGCCGGCGCGAGAGAUAUCUUCUUCUUAUCCAUGGCGGCGGCUAUUGCUAGUAUGCAAGCUGUCAAUCUCACGUUUAGGCGACGUGGCGUUCGAUGCGGGAUUGCCGAGCCGAGCGGAGAGCCAGCUCCGAUAGGGCAGAAGACUAGAUACGACGAUGGGCUGGUGGAGAGAGUGUUCAUGGGUCUGUUCGCGAGGAAGAUGGACAAGUUCGGGUCGAAGAAGAAUAAGAAGAAGGAGACGAAGGAGAAGGGGUUCUGGGAGUACGAUUACGAGAGCUUCGUGGAGGUGUCAAAGAGAGUGAUGCAGGGACGGUCCAGAGUGCAGCAGCAAGAGGCCGUGAGGGAGGUUCUUCUCUCUAUGCUGCCUCCUGGUGCUCCUCAACAGUUCCGAAAGUUGUUCCCACCAACCAAGUGGGCAGCAGAGUUCAAUGCGGCUCUUACGGUGCCUUUCUUCCACUGGUUGGUUGGUCCAUCUCAGGUCAUAGAAGUGGAAGUCAAUGGGGUGAAACAGAGAAGUGGAGUUCGUAUAAAGAAAUGCAGGUAUCUGGAGAACAGUGGUUGUGUAGGAAUGUGUGUUAAUAUGUGCAAGAUUCCAACCCAAGAUUUCUUCACCAAUGAGUUUGGCCUCCCACUCACAAUGAACCCAAAUUUUGAAGACAUGAGCUGCGAGAUGAUAUACGGGCAAGCGCCUCCGGCCUUUGAGGAGGAUCCAGCCACCAAACAACCUUGUCUAGCAGACAUAUGUUCUAUGUCCAAUCCAAGCUCCCCAAUCUGCCCUAAACUAGAGGCAUGAGUGGAUCGGCACAGCAGCCACUUCUUUUGUGGGAUGUGCAAUUUCCAAGAGAUAUACAUACUUUUUCCAAACACACACAUAUAAAAGUCUACAGUGUAGAGUUGUGAAGACAAGUUAGUAUCUGUGUUUCUAUUCUGGUUGGGUUGUGUAAGUAUACGAUUAAUACAUCUUCUUUUUGUUUUAUGUUUCCACUCCAAGUUGGUUAUACCUUUGAAUCUUUGAUAUCAAGUGUUCCGAGCAGUUUGUAUGUAAUGUAUACCUUUGCUUCAAGGCAACCCUGCAUUUGAUCAACUCUGCUGGAUUUAUGACCA